GCUCCGUCCCGUUUAAAUAUUCUCCACUCACUCCUUGAUGGCCCCCGUCCCUCCCCCUCAACCAUAGACCAUGCCUGCCUCAAUCACCUCGAAGGACAACACAACUGUCGCCGAGGUCGGAUUGGGCGCGCCCGCUGCUCGCGGAGAGGCCGAUGAGGCAGAGCUCGCGAGGAUGGGGUAUAAGCAGGAGCUGAAGCGAGAUUUGAGCAUGCUGCAGAAUUUCGGCUUCUCGUUUUCUAUCAUCAGUGUCAUAACCGGAAUACCCUCUCUGUUCGCCUAUGGUUUGACUACUGGCGGGCCCGCAGUGAUGGUGUGGGGCUGGGUUGUGGUUGCAUUCUUCACGAUGCUGGUUGGGCUCGCUAUGGCAGAGGUCUGCAGUGCUCACCCCACAAGCGGUGGCCCUUACUUCUGGGCAGCUAUGUUGUCAAGGCCCCAGAACGCGGCGUUCGCAUCUUGGGUGACGGGCUGGUUCAACUUGCUUGGACAGGUUGCGGUCACUACAGGCAUCAGCUUCGCGUGCGCCAAUUUUUUGUCCACGGCAUGCACGCUCGGGACCAAUUUUGAGCCGACGCGCAAGACUACCAUCGGGAUUUACGCCGCCGUGCUGUUCACUCAAGGCAUGAUCAACACCUUCGGCGUGCACAGCCUCAAAUACCUCAACAACAUCUCCGUCUGGUGGCAUGCGGUGGGCACUGUCUCGCUCGUGAUUGCGAUUCUCGUCAAGGCGCCGACGCACCAGUCCGGCAGUUACGUGUUCACACAAUUCAUUGAUGGCACGGGCGUCGACGGGCCCGGAUGGUCAGAGCGCGCGAGCUCUGCGUAUGUCGUGGUUGUCGGCAUUUUGAUGGCGCAGUAUACGCUCACAGGGUUUGACGCUAGCGCGCAUAUGACAGAGGAGACCCACAACGCGGCGAUGGCUGGUUCUAUAGGCAUUGUUAUGGCCAUCGGCGUCUCAGCUGUUCUCGGCUGGUUCCUCCUCCUCGGCCUGCUCUUUUCCAUGCAGGACUAUGACGCCACGGUCGGGACGGCCACUGGUCAGCCCGUCACACAGAUAUUCCUCGACACGGUUGGCGAGAAGGGCGCCAUCGUGCUCAUGGUCAUCGUUAUUGGCGCUAUGUUCUUCUGCGGUACAUUCUCUGUAACGUCAAACUCGCGCAUGAUGUAUGCGUUCGCUCGCGACGGAGGUAUCCCCGGACACAAGUUCUUCCACUCCGUUGAUAAACGGUGGAGGUCGCCUGUGCGGACUGUCUGGCUCGCCUGCACCCUCAGCUUCCUUCUUGGCUUGCCCAGUCUUGGCAGCAGCGUUGCAUUCUCCGCAGCGACUAGUAUCGCCACCAUCGGCCUCUACAUCUCCUACGCGAUCCCCAUCGCCCUCCGCGUCAUCUACCACGAUCAGUUCGUCCGCGGGCCGUUCCACCUCGGCGUGUUUUCAUUCCCCGUCGCGAUCACCGCGGUCACCUGGAUCGCGUUCAUCUCGAUCGUGUUCAUCCUGCCCGAGCUCAACCCGGUUAACUCACAGACGCUCAACUACGCGAUCGUCGCGGUCGGCAUCGUGCUCGCGUACAGCCUCGGGUUUUGGUUCCUCAGCGCGCGCAAGUGGUUCACGGGCCCGGUGAAGCAGAUCGAGGCGGAGGCUGCUGGCAUCGAUGUGACGGACCCGGCCGCGAUGCUUGAGAAGGAGCAUUACUGACGAAAACGCUGCUGUUCUACAAGCGCUCUACCUAUUUCUCGAGUACAUAUAAUACAUCUUUUCCCCUAAUUUAUGGAUCAUCUUGUUUUAGCUUAGAGGCAGACAUGGAAAUAUAUCAUUCCUCAAGGCCUCAAUAUGCAC